AAGAGAAAGACAAAGAGCAUGAUAGUGGAAAAGGAAGAAGCAACGGGUGAUAGCAAUAGUAGCGGUCAACUGCAUAACAGCUCGGCUACCGGACUAGUGAGUACUUCUAUAUCAAAACGUGAACUAACCAGGCGAUAUAUUAACCCUAGGAGGACAGGGACCGGACAGAAGUGGAAAAGAAGCAAGCAAAAACGGGAUAUAUAUACAUGUAAGGUUAACAAAAUGCUAGAACCCCCGCCAUACUCGCCCCACCCCGCGGGCACAUCCAUAGUCACAACACCUAAUAACAUAUCCCCUCCCCCGGAAUACCUGUCUGCAGUCCUCCAAGGUGUACACGUACCGCCCGUAAACAACGUCCCUCCGCCAUCACACCAUUACCUACCUGAUAAUAACGAAGGUAUACAUGUAGUCUCUAGUGAUGUCCUACCACCUGUACCAGACUACCGACGGGAAGCUGGGUCAGAACCCCCGCCGUCGUACGAAUCCCUGUUCGGCCGGGUGAAGGCCGCACAACAGUCGUCCAACUCCAGUUUUGCUCUGUGUAGCAAACUAUGUGGAGUUUUCCUUAGCUCAGCCUUCUGUUUGAUUGUUAUGGCCGUCCUCUCAGCAUUACCAGUGGCGGAAAUAGUCAUCGGUGCGGUAUAUAUAAACGACUGUCCAGUCGCUAAGUACGUCCCCGUGUACUUGGUGGUAAUAGGCGCAGCAUGUCUUGUCAAGUUCCUGUCCAUCCUUGGUCAGAAUAUCCAUAACCGGCAGUUCGAGAAUGAGGAAGGUCAUAUCAAACGAACGAACGGAUUUGAUCAGGUCCUCAACGUCUUUCUCCUAGUCUGGUUUAUACUAGGUAACCGGUGGGUGUACGGGACACAUUCUGUGUGGGUGUCUGAUCCUCUCUCAGCCAACUAUUGCCACCCAACCCUCUACUACUUCGCUUACUGGAGUAUAACGUCGUUUUACAUCUUCUGUGGCGCAGCGUGUGUGUGUAUAUGUAUCCUGUCGUGUAUAUGUGGCCACAGCAAGGGGCAGACGUAACAUAUGUCUCUGGACAGACGGACAUAGCAACUGUCUCAAUGAAAAAACGGACGUAACACAUGUCUCAAAGGACGGACGAGAUACCUGUUCCACUUUACACACGGACGUAACACAUGUCUCAUAGGACGGACGAGAUACCUGUUCCACUUUACACACGGACGCGACGCAUGUCUCAUAGGACGGACGAGAUACCUGUUCCACUUUCCACACGGACGUAACACAUGUCUUAUAGGUCGGAUGAGAUACCUGUUCCACUUUACACACGGACGUAACACAUGUCUUAUAGGACGGAUGAGAUACCUGUUCCACUUUACACACGGACGUAACACAUGUCUCAUAGGACGGACGAGAUACCUGUUCCACUUUACACACGGACGUAACACAUGUAUCAUAGGACGGACGAGAUACCUGUUCCACUUUACACACGGACGUUACACAUGUCUCAUAGGACGGACGGGAUACCUGUUCCACUUUAAACACGGACGCGACGUAUGUUUCAGUGGACAGACACACGUAGCAUCUGUAUCAGCGGAAGAACAUGCAUAAAACCUAUCGGGACAAGAUACAAGAAUGUUUAUUUAACGUCGCAUAUUUAAGAUAAUAAACAUUAGCACUGUAGUGCUAUUCUUGUGACAAACAAUGGAUACAAAUAAGAAAUAACAUGGAUAAACAACAUGCAGGUAAACAGACAGGCCUAGCUGUUUGGCCGAUAACCUUUUUGGGUCAGAUCUGUGAUAUUUUUUACCAGCAUUCCGAGGACAAGUGUCUAGCAUCGUCAUUGUGUUGUUUUUAGUGACCGCAAUGACCGGAACUGAUUUGUACGCACAUGUCAUGUGACAUGCUACGGUCCAGGAUUGGUUGUCAUUUCUAUGCUAUAAGCAAUCGUGAUAUUCGUGUUUGCUUUUUUAUAUUUCUGGAAAUGCUUCAAUAACGUUCAUCCCCAAUACACGCGCUUCCAUCCCAUUUACGCGUGUAUCAAACUUACAUCCCAUUUACACGUGUAUCAAACUUACAUCCCAUUUACAUAUGAUCAAACUUGCAUCCCAUUUACACGUGUAACAAACUUGCAUCCCAUUCACACGUGUAUCAAACUUCCAUCAAAUUUACGCAUGUAUCAAAAUUCCAUCCUAUUUCACGCGCGUCAAUAGCGUUCAUCUCCAUUACACGUAAACCGAAUAAUUCAUUACAAAACAAUAGAAUUUGUGAUAGAGGUUAUUCCUUCCGAUAAUGUAGUAUUUACAUAUCUACAUAAAUUACUUUUUAUCGAAUAGCAUACAGUCUUUAUAUUAUACAAUCAUAUAAAAUACGUUGAUUUUUAAUCUAAAACACAGACGCUGUUCAACAAAUUGUCGCACCUUAAUGGACUACAUAGCAAGUUCAUAAUUUCACCUGGAAUAUAUCACAACUGAUUUUUAUAUUUUACUUUUUAAGCAUAUGUAUGUUAUUUUAACAUUCUAUCGUGUGAUGUACUUAAAAAAUAUUGCAUGCCCUACAUGAGAAUGAUAUCAAUAUGAGAAAUGUGUUUUAUCAAGGACGUACACAGACAAAAUUCGAUUACAGGUCAAAAAUUGACCUAGAUUCGACCUGAGAAUAAUGUUGAUGUCAGGUCAGAUUCCGAUUAUUUUUUGCCAUCUUUUUCAAUUAUUUUGAUAGCACAGAGUUCUAACAAGGCAGGUAGGCAGUAAAAUAGUUCCUGACCUCCCCCGUACUUCCUGGUUCUGGAGCCAUUGGAUACACAUCUCUCAAUGGGUCAAUGGAGCCAUGUAUGUUGAACAUUUUGUUUUAGCAAAAGCCACCGUCAUGCGAUCGUCAUGUGAGGAAAAUUUACAUUCAGGAACAGUUAAAACUAAAAUUUACAUAAAGAAAUUUGGCCUGUGUAGUAAGGUGUAAAUGUAUAUACCAUAGGAGAACGCAGUAUAUGUAUAAAUAUAUAAGUGUUUGCGUGUUUUAUUAAACCGUUAUUCGCAUUACCCAAAGUCUUUUGUAUACAAGUUUGUACUUAAAGGUUUGCCCUGUGUAUUAUAAGUGUAGAUAACUUUGAUUUAUGUGACGCGGUAUCGCUAUGGAUUUUCGUUCAACAUGUCCAGCCCUGUUCGCCACCAGCAGAUCCUUUUUGUUUUGCAUAGCUUUCUUUUAGUAUAGGAGAACCAGCAUACCCUAGUAAGUAGCUGGAGAUAUUUGUGCGUGUGUACUGUGGUCUACUCGUUAUGACUCCGUAUUUCCAACGGCUCAGUUACUGAAGCACAGAAACCUCUAUACUUAACCAAAACAGGAACGCAUGUAUUAUUGUUAUACAAUUAAAAUAUGUGGUGGGAGAGGAUGCCGGUUGAAUGGAAACCCAUGUAAAUCACAACUAUAUCGAUACAAUGCCCAGAUAUCGAUACAAUGCCCAGAUAUCGAUACAUCACACAUAUACCGAUAUGUCAAACAGACAUCGAUACCUCAAACGGGUAUCGAUAAAUCAACAUAUCCAUACAUUACACUGAUAUCGAUACAAAGAUAAUUUCUACUUUCUGUUAUAUAUGUGUGCAAUUUAAGCAAUAAAAUGUGUUUCGUAUUUUU